AUGGCUCCACCUCCACCAAAGGAUGCUAGAAACUUCACACCAUGGGGGCUCGACCAAGACGACACUCUCGAGGACAUUAUACCCGAAACUCAAGAACCAAAUGAUGAGGAGGUUCAAGAAGUUGACGCGCGUGGAAAGAAAAAGGAAGGCCCGAAAAAACGUGAGAGUUGGAAUAACGAACAAGAGGUUGCGUUGGCUCAAGCUUGGAUCCAAAUUUCGGAAUGUAAAAAAUUUAGGAAUGAGCAAAAAGCGGAAGGUUUUUGGAAGCGGGUUCUCGAGCAUUAUGCUAGUCAAAUGGGCGGCACUACACGAACCGUCCAUGGUAUUUUGCCAAAGUGGAAAACGAUGAAUGCUGCUAUGGGUCUCUACAACGGUAUUCACAUCCAAGUGAAACGAGCCAAGGGUAGUGGGUGCAACGAUUUGGACGUUCAAAAUGAGGCGAUGAGAUUGUACAAGAAGCGAACCAAAAAAGAUUUUGGUCAUAUGGAAGCAUGGAAGGUCGUGAAUACUCACGACAAAUGGAAAGAUCAAGAGUGUUUUGCCGAUAUUUUGGCGGCCGUGGGAAUCACAAAUAAGGCGGCUAGUUCUUCUUCAAAAAGAAAGUCGACGGAGUAUGAUUCGGCUAGCAAUGAGAACAUCCUUCCCGACAUGAACGAAGACCCAUCUCCUCCCUUUGUUUCUUCCUCCAAGUCAAGAAAAAAGCAAACCGCGACUUCCUCCUCUCAUGAUUUUUGGGCUACACAAAUCGAUGCCUCGAAGUCGAAGUUCUCGACAAAGGAAUUUGAAGUUUUUUACUGA